AGAUGAUUGACACGGCCGCCAUUUUGCUUCUGCUCUCUCCGCUUCCAUUGUGUGAGAGAUAGUAAAUAUCUGACACUGCCAGACAAGCACAACACGCUUGUAUCCUCGCGAAGAAAAGGCGUUUAAUUCACCCUCGGUGAUACUUUGUCGUAAUGGCUCGUACCAAGCAGACUGCUCGUAAGUCCACUGGAGGAAAAGCUCCUCGUAAGCAGCUGGCCACCAAGGCUGCCCGAAAGAGCGCCCCCUCCACCGGUGGUGUGAAGAAGCCCCAUCGUUACAGGCCUGGUACCGUGGCUUUGAGAGAGAUUCGUCGGUACCAGAAGUCCACUGAGCUGCUGAUCCGUAAGCUGCCAUUCCAGCGCCUGGUGAGGGAGAUUGCUCAGGACUUCAAGACUGACCUGCGUUUCCAGAGCGCUGCCAUCGGAGCUCUGCAGGAGGCCAGUGAGGCAUACCUGGUGGGUCUGUUCGAGGACACUAACCUGUGUGCCAUCCAUGCCAAGCGUGUCACCAUCAUGCCCAAAGACAUCCAGCUGGCACGCCGCAUCCGUGGAGAGCGUGCUUAGACAGCCUCCUUAAUAUUUCACCUCUGUCCUGUUUUUCUACUCCUGUCCCCUCCCGCCUUCCUUCAUUCUGACCCCUCGCACCCCCCGCCCCCACCCCCCCACCUCCAUCCAUCCCUGUCACCGUCUCUCCCCAGCCUGCCCAGCUUCUCAGUAGACUUUAGAGUAAUCCUGAUUAUGAAGAGAUAGAAAUAUGUUGAAGUCUGGUCUCUCAUAGGUUUUUUGUCUUCACCAAAUGUUUUAGGGUACCUUUUUGUGCAUGUAAAAGGUUUAGCAGAUCAGACACACACAUGCACACAUACUCAAACAGACAUCACUUGGUUUGGGUGGCACUUCAAAACAGCCCACUCGAGCUCACCUGGAUUUUUCCAGGGCGGGAGGCCAGCAGGUGCAGUUUGUGUGGCAAACAGCCGAAGCAGAGGGGCGUGGCCGAGGGACUAGUCUGCUUAAGGGGAGCUGCAACUUCCACAGCAGGGUGCUAUUAAAACUAGUCCUGAGGCCUCAGCCCAUCUGAACACCCUCCUCCCCUCCUACCCAGUCCGUCCCUCUACACCCCAACUCCCCUCUCUGCAGCUGCAGCCGGACGGCUUGCUGUACCUCCUUCACCACCUCCUUCACCUCUGUGAUCUGCACUGGGAGAGGAUGGUGGUCUGUUGGUCUGUUUGUGUGGAUGUGUCCGCUCUGAUCUUCCAAACCACUUGUACUCAACAAACAAGAAUUUCUUGGUUGCAUAAGAAUAUUGAUUAUUGUUGUGGAUAUGGUGUCUAUUUUUUUUACACGUAUAAAUCAUGGAUGAGCAUCUCUUCCUUUACCACUUCUAAAAUCAUCAAAAUAAGAGAAAAAGCAAUUGAUAUUGUCAACAUGGUUGUCAGGCUUUUUUCUUUCUUUCUUUCUCCUUUUUUUUUUUUUUUUAACAGUGAUCUGAUUUGUUAUAGAAAAUCAGGAAGGGCUUCUUUGUUUUCCAAGGCAACUUCUAUUCUAAUGGCAGCCACAUGGGGGCGAUGGUUUACCAUCUCCUCCUCUAUUCAAUUGUUUACUGUAGAUCAGUUAUCACACAUUAAGUUCAUUUCCCUCUCUCUCUCUACUCUCUCCCCCCACCCUACCUCUCUCUCUCUCUCUCUCUCUCUCUUUCUCUAUCUCUAUCUUUAUCACCACAGAUAGACUUGUCACAACAGUAUGAAUUGACAUUAUAGUGAAAGUUACACUCUGCAUGUUUAGGGUCUGUGUCUCUUGCACUCUCUCUAGAUCUGAGCAUAUAAUCUGUCCCUUUCUCAAAAUUUGUGAUACACAGUAUAACCUCAUAUUUGUUUUCUUUUAUAUUUUUCUUAUUCCUCAAGAUUUUCAGACGUAUAAAUAAGCUGAUCUUUGUAUUUUCCAAAUUUCUCAUAUUAUGGUGGUAAUAAUAAAUAGGUGUUAAAACAAA